AUGGCGAAAAAAUUUUUUUCUCAAUUAUCCCACGAUUUAACGAAAUUACUCUCGGAUACAAAAUUCUGUGACGUAACAAUUGUAGUUGGUAAAGCACCUGAUACCAAAAGUUUUCGAGCCCACUCAUUAAUCUUAUAUUAUCGAUCUCCUUAUUUUCGAAGAGAAUUGUCCAAUCCAAGUUUUAAUAGUGUGUCGAAAAAAUUCAAGUUUAACAUUUCUGUUGAAGUUUUUGAAACCUUGCUCAUGUACAUUUAUAAUGGAACUAUAAUGUUGGAAGACAAAAGUGGUUCUGAAAUUUUUCGAAUUCUAUUAGCCACCGAAAAGCUUGGCCUUUACGAAAUUAUCAUGUAUCUUCAACAAUUAUUAAUAGAUUCUCAUGUUGAUUGGUUAAAACGUCAUAUUGAGACCGUAAAUCGUGCUAGUUUUCGAAAUGAUCAUUUUCAGGUCCUUCAACAGUUUUGUACUACGAAUGUUCCUGAAAAAGUGUUGAGUGCUAUUAAUUUUGACUCUAUUUCGGAAAAUGCUAUGAUAUCUUUACUUAAACGAGACCACUUUGGAAUGGAUGAAGUUCAAAUGUGGGACCAUGUUCUUAAAUGGGGUUUGACACAGAAUCCAACGUUAUCAACUAUGGAUCCAACCAAAUGGACAGAUAAUGAUUUCAAAGCUUUACAAGCAUCGCUCCAACAAUUUCUUCCAUUAAUUGGAUUUCAUGAAAUGACAGAGCAACAAUUCUUUGAAAAAGUGAGCCCAUUUAGUAAAAUAUUUGAGCCACGAGCCUUCGAAGAAUUAGUUCAGUACUUUAUGUUGUCAGACGAUGACGUUUCGAGUGUGAAUAUUUCCGACUUGUCACCUAGUAUAAAGUAUCCGUCCUUGAACUCGAUGGUUACGUAUGUUGAUUCUUGUAUUCUUUCUACAAAACACGCUGCAUUGAUUGCUAUUUGGAUCCGACAAGUUGAGCAGACAGUUACACCUAGCAGUCCCAUUCAUCAAGAAGCUACCAAAAUUCCUUACAAUCCUUACGCAAAUCAUGUUUGUCAAUGUUUGAUAACACUUUGUAACGAUUCUCAACGAGAUUUUAUACUUAAUUUGAUUGGCCAUAAAGUGCCUCAGCUUGCGCGAGAUGCACAUGGAAAUUAUGUAUUACAAUGCUUAAUCAAGAAUAUUACAACAAAGGGUCAGGCAAUCCGCCUUAUCUCUUAUCUUGCAAAGGACGUUAAAAGCCUCAUCGUAGACAGCUAUGGCAAUUUUGUUCUUCAAAAGACUAUUGAAUUUUGGCCUGCUGAAUUAACCCAAUUUAUAUACCAUGGAGUUUGCGAAAAUAUUCUUGAUGCAGCUUGUGACAUUCAUGGCUGCUUUGUUGUAAAGAAAUGUUUUGAAUAUGGAACUUACCUCCAAAAAAGCCUUGUACAAUCCGCAAUUGCGGCAAAUACAUUAAUUUUAAGCCAGAACUUCACUGGUCGCAUCGUUUUACAAUACGUUCUUAAUGUUGGAGAACCUCUUUAUUUCGAAGCCAUCAAAAAAAAAUUACAAGAAACUCGUUUUGAAACUUUUGUUAAAGAACCGGAUUACCAUAUUCAAAAGAGCCGUUAA